AAAACAAGGCAACAAGGCAACAAUCUAGUUUACGUUAUGGGUACCAUGGUGUUGGUUCUGUUUUUGUGCAUCGCAGGCGUGUCUGCCUAUUCGCCGCUCCCAGAUGAUGUGUCGACUAACAGAACCGAAUGGAUAGCCACCAACCGCGCAGCAACGUCAUUUAGACACAAGUACGUCACCCACAACGGCGGCAUAAAUGACCACACGUUCAGUACCCUCCCCUACAUCACCAUCACAGCCACCAACCACGUGUCGGAUGCGGCUCUACACAAGGCAGCACUUGAUGUCAGCUUCAUGGUACGCAACAUGCCUGAUGACGUGUUUAACGGUAUCGCCAAGUCACAUGGGGUAGGCAUCUUCUCCAAGUCCGAGGGGAUGGUGGUCUUCCCUGAAAACGCCCAUCUAGCUGACACUGCAGCAUGUAGGGGUAGAUGCGACGGAGGAUGCAGCCACACGUGUACUGUUGACCACCGGAAGUGGUCCACUAUUGCCGGUCUGACCAAUCAGCGUAGCUCUGUGCUGGACGACAAUGUGUUGUGUGACUCCGCCGAUCAGUAUCAUCACCAGGAGAAUCUUGUUGUCCACGAGUUUGGCCAUCUGACAAUGAAAUACAUGCCCAAGCACUGGAACGCCAAGAUUUUAGCUGCGUACAGUAACGCUCACAGUCAUCGUCUGUGGAUUUUGAGCCACUACGGAAUGGUGAAUGCUGACGAGUACUGGGCUGAGGCAACCGCUUCCUUCUUCAUGGCUAUCAUUAGAACGGACGUAAGCGCUGGAAUGAACCUGUGUGGCACAUCUCGCCCAUGUUCGUCCGAGGCAGCUGCUAGAGACUACUUGAAGAGACAUGACCCGCGAUUGUAUGAAGUUCUGGAAUACGCCUACACCAACAAUAGGCCACAGAUCAGGAGCGGCCUCAAGCCAUGCAUCUAAUGUUCUGAAGAUGCAGAUAAUGACGAUGUGUGAAUAUGUAUAAGAAUGUUGUCGCAGUACAAGUUUAUCACAGUG